UCUAAUAGCGCCGCGUGGCUUUGUAUUGUGUGUGUGUGUGCUAGCGCGCGGCUGCUAGAUUCAUUCAUUCCUACCCGUCUCCAUUCAAUAGCAGACGGCGAAAUAAAACACAUCUUGAAGAAACUGUCGCUGUGAAAGUGAUCGACGACUUGAGAGCAACAACAGAAGUGAUCCACCGCCAAGGAUUUUGUGUGUUUUUGUGCAUGCGGAGUUACUAGCAUCGACUGAAGGAAAAAAGAAACACACAACAUGGCGGAAACAUUUGCUCCAGACGACAUUGUCGUCACGGGUCUCUCGGCCUACUAUCCACAAUCCGACCACACGGUAGAAUUCCAGAAGAACCUGUACGCGGGCGUAGACAUGGUUACAGACGACGAAUCGCGCUGGCCAAGAGGAAUAUUGGGCCUUCCAGAAAGAUCCGGCAAGCUGAAAGACUUGUCGAAAUUCGACGCCCAAUUCUUUGGGGUCCAUCCUAAACAGGCCCACGUCAUGGACCCUCAACUGCGUCUCUUCCUCGAGACUGCCUACGAAGCCAUCUUUGAUGCGGGAUUCAACCCCAGUGAGAUGCGCGGAAAGAACAUUGGUGUCUUCAUUGGUGCCAGCGAAUCCGAGGCUGACGAGGCGUUCAACGUAGACACGGACAAGAUAAACGGCUACGCCCUUGUGGGAUGUUGCAGGGCCAUGUUCUCCAACCGAGUUUCGUACUCCCUGGACCUCCGCGGGCCCAGCUUUACGGUGGACACGGCGUGUUCGUCCGCUAUGACGGCGUUCACACAGGCCUUCCAGGCCCUCAAAAGCGGCCAGUGCGAGGCGGCGCUCGUAGGGGGCAGCACAGUCACGUGCAAGCCAACCACUUCCCUAAACUUCCACAGGCUCGGAAUGUUGUCGCAAGACGGAAUGUGCAAGGCCUUUGAUGCCGAUGGGAAGGGGUACGUCAGGAGCGAAACUGUGGGAGUAUUCCUCCUGCAGAGAGCGAAGGAUGCCCGCAGGGCAUACGCACAAGUUCUUCACAUCAAGGCCAACGCUGACGGAUACAAGAAUGAAGGUAUCACAUUCCCGUCUGGUGAGCAACAAGAAGUCCUCCUGCGCCAGGUGUACGAAGAGGCGGACGUGGAUCCCACGAAGGUGUCGUACGUUGAAGCUCACGGCACAGGCACGAAAGUAGGCGACCCGCAAGAACUGAGGGCGCUCUUCAACGUCUUCUGCGGUGCCGGGGAACGCAAGGACCCGCUCUGGAUCGGAUCCGUCAAGAGCAACAUGGGACAUUCCGAAGGGGCAUCCGGGAUCGCUUCAAUGACCAAAGUAAUCCUCUCCAUGGAGACCGGAACCAUUGCCGCAAAUUUGCACUUCAAAAACCCGAACCCCAACAUCCCGUCCCUCCUGGACGGCAGCAUCAAGGUCGUCGACAAGCACAGACCCUUCGAGGGCGGGCUCGUGGGACUCAACUCCUUCGGUUUCGGCGGCGCCAACGUGCACUGCAUCCUUCGCUCCAACCCGGGACCGCACGUUUCUGAGGCGCCCUUGCCUAAGACUGAACUGCCCAGGAUCGUGCUUACGGGCGGCAGGUCGGAAGAGGCCACGAAUGGCAUCCUGGACAGGAUAGAAGCCGAGUUUCCUUUCCCAGAGUCCACGUACGCUCUGCUCAACAAGGUUGGACAGCCCGCUGUGAACGCAUUCCCGUACCGUGGGUUUGCACUGCUUCGAGAAGGACAAGAGGCUGAAAAGGUUGUCGAGAAAGCACCAUUUGAGAAAAGGCCAGUUUGGUUCAUCUUCACCGGCAUGGGUUGCCAGUGGCCAGGAAUGGCAAGACAGAUGAUGGCCAUCGACGCAUUCGCAAAGUCCAUCCAGCGCUCUCAUGACCUCCUCACACCGUUCGGCAUUGAUCUCGUGCAACUCGUGACCGGAGAGCAGCCAAAGAACGAGACUAUGGUGUCUCCUUUCGUCUCCAUUGCCGCCAUUCAGGUGGCCCUCGUCGACGUGCUCAAGUCUUUGGGCGUUGAGCCGGACGGCAUUGUUGGCCACUCCGUCGGCGAAAUUGGCUGCGCCUAUGCCGACGGUGGUUUCACGGCCGAACAGGCAGUCCUCUGUGCUUACUGGAGAGGACGCUGUGUGGAACUGGGUAACCUGCCGCACGGAGCCAUGGCUGCUGUUGGUUUGACUUGGGAGGAGGCGAAGACCCGCUGCAAAGAUGGCGUGAUCCCAGCAUGUCACAAUGCUGAAGACUCCAUCACUGUUUCCGGACCGGCUGCUGCCGUCGCUAAGCUUGUUGCAGAACUCAAGGCAGAGAAUGUAUUCGCUCGCGAAGUGAACAGUCUCGACGUCGCUUUCCACAGCCCGUACAUGCAGCCGAUCGGACCUUCUCUGCAAGCAGCCCUCGAUAAGGUGAUUCCAGAGCCCCGCCCCCGCACGUCUCGCUGGGUGAGCUCAUCUAUUCCCCAGAGCCGUUGGCAGGAGCCUCUGGCCAAGCUGUGCUCUGCAUCCUACCACGUGAACAACCUUCUGUCGCCCGUGCUCUUCCGCGAAGCCCUGCAGCACAUUCCAGAGGAUGCCAUUGCCAUUGAAAUUGCACCGCACUGCCUCUUGCAAGCUAUUCUCAGGCGGGCACUUGGACCCAAGGCUCUGUGUGUGGGUCUUAUGAAGAAGGCUCAAGACAAUCACAAGUUUUUCCUGACGACUGUUGGAAAACUUCACACGCAGGGCGUUGAUCUCGACGUCAGCGCUCUGUACCCACCAGUGUCUUUUCCCGUACCAAGGGGUACACCCAACAUCUCGCACUUGGUUGGCUGGGACCACUCUGAGAGCUGGACUGUUGUCAACUACAACGACUUCAGCACAUCAGCCCAAGUGUCCGAAGAAGUUGUUGAAGUCGACGUCGGAGGCUCGGAGGACGACGAGUACCUGGCGGGCCACCAAAUUGACGGCAGGGUGCUGUUCCCAGCCACAGGUUACAUGGUGCUAGCGUGGAAAUCCCUCGCCAAGCGAACUGGAAAACCCUUCCACCAAGUCCCCGUCCGCUUCGAAAAUGUCAGCCUUCACCGGGCUACCAUCCUUCCAAAGUCUGGAAGUGUGAAGUUCUUGGUGAACGUCAUGCGCGCUUCUGGAGACUUUGAGGUCUGUGAGGCAGGAACAGUUGCUGCCAGUGGCAAAAUAUUCCUGGUCGAGGAAGGUACAAAGAAUUUCCUGGACAAAGAACCCCCUGUCGCUCCAGAGACCAUCGCAUAUGAUCUGGACACUGAAAACAUCUACAAGGAGCUGCGCCUUCGAGGCUACGAGUAUUCUGGGAGCUUCCAGGGUAUCCUCAAAGCAUCCAUGGAACAGCCAUAUGCUAAGCUCAACUGGGAGAACAACUGGGUGACAUUCCUCGAUACAAUGUUGCAAUUCAGCAUCUUGGGCAGUCCCCUCCGUACGAUGAACCUGCCAGUACGCAUCAGGUCAUGCAAGGUGGACCCUACAGUUCACGCAGAGGUUGUUGAGGCUGCAGGAGAGGACGGUGUUGCCGUCUUCUACGACAAGAAACUGAAUGUAUGCUGUGCUGGAGGUGCUGAGAUGAAGGGACUGAAGGCAAACCUUGCCCCUCGCCGUCAUGUCCAACAGAACCCAUUCUUGGAAGAGUACAGCUUUGUUCCCUAUGUGGAUUCGGAAACCGCUACUUUGGACCGUGAAGUGCAAGUUCAAGAGUACAUUCAGGUGUGCAGCGGGCUGUCUCGUCGUAUCCUGGAAGCCUGUGGAAAGAACAAAGCCCAGAUUUCGGACGUCAUGAAUGGCUUUAAGGAAGCCCCGGACCAGGUUCUCCAGAAGUACGUCACCUCAGCGUUGCCAGAACAUGGACUGCUUAAGAUCCUUACCAAAAUUCAAGAGCAGACAAAGAGCGCUGGUUCUCUCGCGGACAACGUGAAGUCAGUCCUAUCGGCCCACAAGGAGGACCUGGAACGGGACGUCCUUAACACCGUCCUACUUCAGGAGUCUCCGCUCAGGAACCUCCUGGACUUGGUCUCUGAGAAUGUAAGCGUCAAGAAACUGAAAGUUCUCGAGGUCAGCAACAGCCAGACGCUGAUGGGCAAGAAGGUGCUUGGCUUACUCCAUGACUCGAACAUUCUUCUCAAAACUGAGUACACCGUAGCGCACAGUGCUCCAGACACGAUCGUUGCCGAAGAGAUUCCAGAGUCUGGAAAGACAGUCACCUGGGACUUGGCCUCUGGCGCCAACGGUCUGCAGGAAGCCGACCUCGUCGUAGCAAAGGACGUCUCUUGCUGUCAAGGGUUCGCACGUACCCUCGCUGGGCUCGUCAGGGAGAACUGCUUCCUUCUAGUUUCGGAGAGGACAUCCAUCACACCACCGGAGAAGUUCCUGUCCACUGUCGGAAACGUUGCCGUGAAAGUUCGAACAAGGGACGAUCUCGAAGCCGCUUUCCGCGAAGCUGGGCUUCACGUCAUCGCUGUCAAGUCGAACGUGAUCUCGACGGUGUUCCUGCUCAGGAAGACCGCGCCCAACAAGAGUGCUAAGGACCAGCUGGUGAUACGCGUCAAGAGUGAUGACUAUGCGUCCUGGGUAGACCAGCUGAAAGAGGCUGCUGUUGAAUAUCAGUCGAAGCCAGCAGGACAGAAUAUCUGGCUCGUCGCUGAGGACGCUGGCAACAGUGGUGUCGUAGGACUUGUGAACUGUCUGCGCCAAGAGAUUGGCGGAGGCCACAUUAGGUGCGUGUUCGACGGGAGCCUCAAGUCUCCAGGCAAGCUACCGAGCUUUGAUUUGAACAGUGCCUUCUACAAGGAUGUCCUGGAGAAAGAUCUUGUGAUGAACAUUUAUCGCGACGGCCAAUGGGGUUCCUUCCGUCAUCUGACGCUCAAGUCAAAGGGGGCGGCAGAAAAGCCUGUAAUUGAGAGCGAGCACGUGUUCCUCAACGUCCAAACACGUGGUGACCUGUCCAGCCUACAGUGGUACGAGUCUCCCAUCUGCUACGAGAAGUUGGACCCUGAAGACAUGCUCUGCAGUGUCUACUAUGCGCCGCUGAACUUCCGAGACGUCAUGCUGGCCACCGGCAAGCUUCCACCUGAUGCCCUGCCAGGUGACAUGGCAACAUCUGACUGCAUCCUCGGUCUCGAAUUUUCGGGUCGUGAUCCAUCCGGCCGGCGUAUUAUGGGACAGGUGGCCGCCAAGGGUAUGGCAACCACGGUUGUUGUUGAUCCCGGGUUCCUGUGGGAGGUUCCCGACGACUGGACUCUUGAAGCCGCAUCCACGGUUCCCGUGGCUUAUUCCACGGCUUACUACUCUCUGGUAGUACGUGGUGACCUUCAACCAGGAGAAAGUGUCCUCAUCCACUCUGGAAGUGGUGGUGUGGGACAAGCUGCCAUCUCAAUUGCGCUGUCCAUGGGGUGUACGGUCUUCACCACCGUCGGAUCACAGGAAAAACGAAAUUUCCUGAAGAGGCGAUUCCCACAACUACAAGACAAGAACUUUGCAAACUCCCGUGACCUCACCUUUGAGGAGCACGUUCUGAGACAUACCGACGGCCGAGGUGUGGACCUUGUGCUCAACUCUCUGGCUGAAGACAAGCUUCAAGCUAGUGUGCGCUGCCUGGCAGCUCACGGACGAUUCUUGGAGAUCGGCAAGUUUGACUUGUCGCAGAACAAUGCUCUGGGGAUGGCAGUCUUCCUCAAGAACAUCACAUUCCACGGAAUUUUGCUGGACGCCCUCUACACGAACGACCCGCGUGUGGCUCAGCAGAAGCGUCGCGUCGUCCAGCUCGUGAGCGACGGCAUCAAGUCUGGCGCUGUCCGACCUCUGGACACGGCGUUGUUCCAUAGGGACUGUGCCGAGGAGGCGUUCCGUUUUAUGGCCUCCGGAAAACACAUGGGAAAAGUGGUGCUGCAGAUCCGCGAAGAGGAAUCUGGAGAACCUCGUAUUGUCCCUCCGUCUCCACUGCGCCUGACUGCUGCUACGCGAACUGGCUUCUACCCUGACAAGUGUUACGUCAUCCCCGGUGGUCUCGGUGGCUUUGGACUCGAACUGGCCGAUUGGCUCGUCGCGCGCGGCUGUCGAAAAGUGGUGCUGACGUCGAGGUCCGGACUCCGAUCUGGAUACCAGCGGCUGUGUGUACACAGGUGGAAAUUGGCUGGCGUCAAGGUCCUCGUGACGCGAACGGACGCCGCGGCCCCAGGCGGUGCCGAGCAGCUGCUUCGCGAGGCCGAGAAACUCGGUCCGGUGGGCGGCAUUUUCAACCUCGCCGUGGUGCUUCGCGAUGCACUGAUUGAGAACCAGACCGUUGAAAACUACGCCACAGUUUGUGGCCCCAAGGUGAAUGCAACCAUAGAACUGGACAGAGCUUCGCGGAAACUCUGCCCCGAACUGGACCACUUCGUUGUGUUCUCUUCUGUGUCCUGCGGCCGAGGAAAUGCGGGUCAGACCAACUAUGGCUACGCUAACUCUGUCAUGGAGAGGGUCUGUGAACAGAGGGUUGCCGACAACCUUCCUGGCCUAGCUAUCCAAUGGGGAGCCAUCGGUGACGUUGGUGUGCUCCGCGAGACCAUGGGAGGCGAUGUUGUCGUGGGUGGCACCAUUCCGCAGAAAAUUGUCUCUUGCCUCUCAGUCCUAGAUCAGUUCCUACGUCAAGACAGCGUUGUAGUCUCGAGUCUUGUGAAAGCAGACCUGUCCUCGUCGACGAAGUCUGCGCAGAAGCAGGACUUGGUCCAGUCUGUAGCUCACAUCCUAGGUGUAAAAGACCCAUCGAGUAUCAGCCCCACUGUAACCCUCGGUGAACUGGGCAUGGACUCCUUGAUGGGAGUGGAAGUGAAACAGACGAUAGAACGUGACUACGACCUGGUUCUGUCCAUGCAAGAAAUCCGGCAACUGAACAUUAACAAACUGCGUGAGAUCUCGGGAGGAUCGUCGCAGCAGUCACCGACACAAGAACAAGCCCCAGCAGCGGAGGACCAGAAGGAGGACUCCGACGACGUUCCAAAGCUGACGCUGAUCGAGCGGCUCGUCCCAGAUUCCAUCAUCGUCGAAAUGAACAGCAAGGCGACGCGAGGCAGUCCUGUCUUUGUGGUUCACCCCAUUGAAGGCCACGUUGCCGCGUUGUCCGAAAUCGCAAACCACCUCGUAACGAGGGCAGUUGGCGUGCAGCGAACAGUUGACAUCCCCAUCAACACAAUAGAGGAGCUUGCGUCUACGUACCUUCAGAAAAUUGUUGAGGUUCAGCCUCACGGACCCUACCAUGUAGUGGGCUACUCCUUCGGAGCGAGUGUUGCGUUCGAGAUUGCCGUGCUGCUGCAGGAACGCAAGUUGGAAGUGGGUUCACUGACUCUGCUGGACGGAGCCCCCGGUUACGUGAGCGCGCACACAGACAGCUAUAAGAGCAAGUUCUCAGAUAACAACGAAGAAGAAGCAUCUCUCUUCUGCGCAUUCCUCAUGCAGUACCUCCACAUCGACUUCCUCAAGGUCAAGAAAGAGCUUGAACAACAUCCAACAUGGGAAGCCAAACAAGAAGUCGCCACUGAUUUGCUGCUGUCACAGUCGGAAGUGAAGCCCAGCCGCAAGGACGUGGCUGAAGCUGCCAAGGCAAUGUACAAGUUCCUCAAGGCAGGUAGCAUCUACAAGCCAGCCGAAGGAAAACGUUUCCACGGUGAUAUCACGCUCGUGAAAGCCUCCAAGCCAAGGAAGAUGGCGAGGCAACUACCUCCAGACUAUGGCGUCUCGCAGUGCUGCGAUGGACAAGUCCACAUCCACACAGUUGAAGGACUCCACGAAAGUUUCAUCCUGGGUGCUGGCGCCGAACAGUGUGCGCAAGUCAUCAACCAGCAGCUCGAACCAUCCACGACGCAGCAGUGAAGAAGUUCCCACCCAGCCUUUUCUGCCAUAGUAUAAAAAAAUUGGGGGAAAAAAAAAGCAAGAAAGUGCAACUCCUGCAAGAAGGCAUCCACGUCUUCUGCCGGAUCUUUCCCACGGACAUAUUGUACCACAAGGACUGUGCAGCUUUCCUGUUUUUUUUUCCUUUUCUUUUCUCGUUUUGUUUUGUACCUCGUGGACCAUCUCAGUGGAUCGGUGCUUGAACUGCCUAGUCAAGAAUCAACAUCAAUGGAAGAAAACCGUGGCCAGCAAGUUUGUUUUUUGUCACAUUUCUUUUUUUAAAGUUAUUCCCAGGUGUUGCACCUAUACUUAAAGACGAGACAUCUGCAUUGCACUUGCGUUAGUCAUUGGACAGAGUUUUUUUUCUUUUUCUUUUUUUUUUCUUCUUAGUUCUGACAUUCCCUCGACACCGGUGGAUGAAGUGCAAGCUGUUCAUGUUGACAACUAAUACUCAACACAUGUAAUUAAUCCUAUAGCGCACACACACACACACACGUACAUAUACGAAGGAGAAAUUGAUGGCGCAUGUGGAAUCAUGAGCAGUUUGCACAUGGUGAUAUGUCCGACUUUGGGGUUUUACGAUGUUCUCAUUCCACUUGGCGACAGCUGUGUUAACGAUACCAGUUUCUGUAUGUAUUCAAUUGACUUGUUAAUUUAUGUAUUCAGUGUGUUAUUCGUCCAUUAAAUGUUUGUUAGAAAAAAAAA